AUGCCUGAAAGCGACUUUGCCUCGGUGAUCCCCGCGCAACUCUCGUUCCUUGCGAUCUAUAACCCCCUCCUCGGACCGACAGACGAAACGCUCAGCGAUCAGAUCGUCUUCUACACGUCCAGAUCGAGUCGAUUGCGACGCACUGAGAGCAAUGCAGUGGAUAACUCAAAUGAUGAUUCCAAGGAUGAAUCAAACGACAGGUUGCGUCAGAUAGGCUUGGCGCAAGGCAUGGUGGGCUUCGCGAAGACUUUUUCGGAUGGAAAAGCACUGGACUACGUCGAGACAGAAAGAUCUCGGAUUGUCCUUCAUGAGCUAGAGCAGAAUUGGUGGAUAUUGACUUCCGUCGACCUGACACGAAUUCCAUCCGAUUCGCAUAGCGGAACAUCGUCACAGCGUGAUCUCACCGAGUUGCCCUCGAUCGUUUAUUCCUCUCGAGAGCUAUGCCCACCACAUCUCAUGAUCCAGCAGCUCCGUCGCGCGCAUGCCUUAUUCCUGCUCCACCAUGACUUCACACUCGACCGCCUCUACGAACGUGUUGGCAGACCUGCAUUCUGUACUCGUCUUGAGCGAUUUUGGGGGAAGUUCGCAUGGAACUGGGAGGUUCUUCUGAACGGGAACCCAGCCGUGGACAUAUAUGACGGGAUAAAGCUCUCUGCGGGAGGGGAACUAGGGAUCGGCGUGGGAGAAGAGGAAUGGGGAAGCGGAGAAAGAGAAGUACUUGAGGACUUUGUCUCUCGAACUGAUGGGCUUGUGGAUCUGAUCGUGUCGAGGUUUGGCGAUCCACCCACGCAGGUCGAGGACAAAGCGGCCGGGGAUAUUGGUCCCCCAUGGCUUGGCUUUGGGGCAUAUCCUCGGUCAUCCGAUGGGGUCAUUUUCUCCGGUGUGGGAGGUAUAUCGAGACCGUCCGUGGUGCGAAUAUCCCAAUGGAUGGAAUGGAUCUAUAGAUAUGGUGAUAGCGCAUAUGGAGUGGGCGAAGACCCAACCUCGCCGCGUCGCCGAAAACAACGCAGAAAUCAACGCGGAAUGAUAUACUCGAAGAGCGCAAGAGUAUCAUCCAACGCUAGAAGCCCAUCCGAGUCUCUGGAUCCAGAUCGAAGCUUUUCUCCCGGAAUACCCCGUCCUCUUGUGGUAGGAACGCCUCCUCCCCCGGAAGGGCGCGCCGGCCCUCAAACGAUUAAAGAGGACUCUCCUGCGAGAAGUGAGCAUCAAGAAAGCAACUGGUCGAGUUUGAAGCCUGAGACCUUUAUGAAGUAUCUUACUUUGGGAUACGGUACAUCAUGGUUUUCGUCGAGUCCACAUCCUCCGGUCUCUACAUUACAACAGAAUGAUAGCCCGGAAAAUGCAGGGCAGGAAGAUACUAAACAAGGUGGUGAAGAGGAAACUCAAAGCAAAUCUAGAGUGCAAGACUUCGGAAGAUUCAUUGUUGGUUUGCGUGAAGGAGAGGACCUAUCCGGUCAUUCUCCAGAGAGUCAUACAGAGAGCAGGCAAAAUGGACGAAUAGAAACUCGAAUCACUCACGUCCAUCUGGUACGACCAGAGCGAGAGCGGAAAGGACUUCAAGCAGUGAUUUACUUGCAUCAACCAUUCAUCUUCACAUUUCUCUUCGAUCCCGAAACGCCAUCUCUCUCAAACCAUACCCUCUACGACAGCAUCCGUCACCAACUAUUACCCCUUCACAAGACACUCUCAAUCUCCACCUCCUCCACAACAGCAGCAAACCGGAUAUCCGUAUCCGACAAUGAAUCAGCCACAAACCAACAACAACCAGUCUAUGACCUCGUCUACGACCCCUCAAACCUAACGAUCCGCUCCUCCAUCCCCAACAUCCCAGACCUCGCCGCAUAUGCCGUAGCGCACCCGAACAAUAGACCCUGGUCCCGCCUAGAAUCCAUCAAUAUCCACCAGCAGCUCUUGAACACGUACCUCGACACCCGCGCACGACCCCUAGAAAUCGAACGAACAUGCAAAACUAGUCGUGGCUGGUGGAUCGUGUGGGUGCGAAUGUCCCCCACCGAAAUCCCAGAACCCAUUAACGACGCUAUCACGCCCACUCCUCCCACAACUACUACACCUCCCAUGUCCAGUAAUACAGCCCAAGAAGCAUUCCUCGUCCGCAAAGCGAGCGACGCACAGGCAACAAGCCACUCCCGUGGCGUGAGUAUGAACAGCGGAGGUGGAGGGUCGACGAGUUUCUUCCGCGAUCUGGGUGGUGCACCUUCGUCGUUCUCACUACCGUCACUAACUGGUGGUGGAAUGCAGGCGGAUAUCAUGGGUCCGGCUAGACUAGUGGAGGGACUGGGGAUGGAUGCUAGGCGGUAUAUAGAGAGGUUGUUGAGUUUGAAUCGGUAG